GCUCGACCAUCUUCCAAGAUUUCUCCUUUAGCUUCUCUAUAUAAAUCAACGACCUAUGCCAACGCUUCCUUGCAUAGAAAAAACUACUUCUCAGGGUCAAUCUCUCUCUCUCUCCCUCAGUUCACCACCUUCUAAAAUCCAUAGCCAUGUCUCAGACAGUUGUUCUCAAGGUUGGUAUGUCAUGUGAAGGUUGCGUUGGGGCCGUGAAAAGGGUUUUGGGAAAAAUGGAAGGUGUAGACUCCUAUGAUAUUGAUUUGAAGGAGCAGAAGGUGACAGUGAAAGGCAAUGUGCAGCCUGAGGCAGUUCUGCAGACUGUUUCAAAAACUGGAAAGAAGACUAGCUUCUGGGAAGCUGGAGAACCAGCCGAACCUGUGGCUGCAGCUUAAAUCUUCACACUGCCUACUUCUUGUUAUAUGUAGUCUAUAAAUCGAUUAUAGCUUGUUGAACUUAUAUAGCACAAUAUCAUGUGUACCUAUGCAGUUUGACCUUUGAUCUUCAGCAAAAUCCGAACUCAGUAAUGAAUAAUUAAUGUAACACUGCCUCUUGUUGGAUUUUGAA